AUGGCUUCAAAAUCAUGUUUAGAAAUAGCUUUUAUAUUUGGCCUUGUUCUUGUGUGCACUAAUGCUGAGGAAAAGGUCUUUAAUGUCCUUUCAUAUGGUGCUAAAGCAGAUGGAGUGACAGACAAUAGUAAGACGCUUGGAUUUGAUUUUGUCAAUAACAUAAUUGUGAGUGACCUACACUCGAUGAAUAGCAAGAACAUCCAUUUCAAGGUCUUUGGUUGCGGCAACAUGACAUUUAGUCAUGUUAACAUAAGUGCACCACCCAAUAGCCCUAACACUGAUGGAAUUCACAUUAGCCAUUCCACCAACAUUCAUGUAUUGGAUUCUCAUAUUGGGACCGGAGAUGAUUGUAUAGCUAUGAUCGCGGGAAGCAAUAAUAUCAACAUUUCAGGAGUCACUUGUGGUCCUGGCCAUGGAAUAAGCAUUGGUAGUUUAGGGAAUUCACCAAAUGAAGUGGUUAAGGAUAUAUAUGUCAAAAAUUGCACUCUUAUAGGUACUCAAAAUGGGUUGAGAAUUAAGACUUGGGCAUCAUCAAUUGUUGGUAAUGUUUCCAAUAUAAAUUAUGAAGAUAUUAUCAUGAAAAAGGUUCAAAAUCCUAUAUUUAUUGACCAAAAUUAUUGCCCAACAUGUCAUUGCAGCAAAAAGCCAAGUUCAGUACAAAUCAAGGACGUGACAUUCAAUAACAUAAGGGGAAGUUCAAGUUCGGGGAGAGCAGUUAUUUUGGAUUGCAGUGCAUUAUUUCCUUGCGAAAAUAUCAUCCUUAAUGAUAUCAACUUAGUCUACUAUGGGCAUCAUGGACAUGCGACUGCAUUUUGCGCUCACGCCAAAGGGAAAGCUACCGGCAAGGAGUUGCCUCCAAGUUGUUUAAAUGAGUCUCUUUAA